AUGGCUGAUUUGACAGCUCUCCGAGAAUCAGGAAAGAAUGCCUUUAAAAAUAAGUCGUAUGAUGAGGCCGUCAAGAUAUAUUCUGAAGCAUUGAAAUUGGAUAAGGAUAGUCCAAUCUGGUAUUCGAAUAGAGCAAUGGCGUAUACAAAACUGGAAAAAUGGAAUCAAUCACUUACUGAUUGUAAUAGGGGUCUUUCGUUACAUCCAAAGGGGAAAAUCAUGGUUAAGUUGCUAUGGAGAAAAGGUGUUUCUCUCAUAAAUCUUUCACAAUUCGAGGAAGCAAAGCAAAGUUUAAUGCAGGCUAAAUUAAUGGAUCCAGAUAACUCCGCUAUAACGAAAUCUAUAAGAACACUGCAAGCCAGAGAAAACGAUUUGAUAAAAAUCGAAAUUCAAGAAGUGGAUCAUUUGCCUGGAGACCUAUUGAAAUUUGAAAAAAAUGCAUCAUCUUCAAGCGGAAAGAUACCUUCAGAUGAUAGUCUUGAAAAGGAACUUUGUAAAAUUGAUGGAGUUACUGUCCCUUCAGUUAAAAGGAUAAAGCCAAUUGAGUCAAGACCAUCUAGUUCAGAACAGAAAAAGAAGAAUGAUCCUUUCACAGAUACAGCAAUGUACCCACCUCAACCUUCUGUGUACUUCCUAUCCACGCUAAAGACGAAAUUCACGGAUGAAAAUAAGCAUACAUACUAUUUAUACAUACUCCAUCUUGAUUCAAGCAUAUAUGGUAGUAUAUACAAGAUUGCUGGAGUGGAUUCCGGUUUUCUUCAACUUUAUGUGGAUGCUGCAUUGUGGUACUUCAAAACCUCAAACGAUGGUUUGUACAAUAAAAAGAUUGCAGAUACUAUUAGAACAUUUACUUCCCUUCCAAGAUUCAUGCUUUCUUCGAUGUAUAUAUCGUCUGAUAAGUCGAGGCAGCUUUUGGAUGAAAUACAAAGCAAGGCUGGGUCGGAUAUACACUCGUUGUGGUGA